AUGAUGACGGCGACGGCGGAGGCGGAGGCGGAGGCGGAGGCGAAAGCGACGUUGUCCAUGGAGUCGUUACCUCUCGGAUUCAGAUUUAGACCAACGGACGAAGAGCUCAUCAAUCAUUACCUGAGGUUGAAAAUCAACGGCCGUGAUUUGGAGGUCCGAGUCAUCCCGGAGAUCGAUGUUUGCAAGUGGGAGCCAUGGGACUUACCUGGGCUUUCGGUGAUAAAAACGGAUGAUCAAGAGUGGUUCUUCUUCUGUCCUCGUGACCGGAAGUAUCCGAGCGGCCACCGUUCCAAUAGAGCUACUGACAUUGGCUACUGGAAAGCUACUGGGAAAGAUCGAACCAUCAAGUCGAAGAAGAUGAUUAUUGGGAUGAAGAAGACUCUCGUCUUCUAUCGUGGUCGAGCUCCUAGAGGAGAGCGCACCAGCUGGAUUAUGCACGAGUACCGUGCCACUGAUAAAGAACUCGACGGCACUGGUCCUGGCCAGAAUCCGUAUGUUUUGUGUCGUUUGUUCCACAAGCCUAAUGAUAUCUGUGAUAAUGCAAACUGUGACGAGAUAGAGAAUGUGAAUUCCACUCCCACCACCACCACUAGAUGCUCUCCGGACGACACAUCGUCUGAGAUGGUACAAGAAACAGCUACAUCUCAUGCAGAUGCUCUGAAUACACCAGAUGGUAACGAGAGAUGUCCAAGCGAUAAGGGUAGUGAUGUGAAACCUGAUGAUCAUCCAGUGAUGAACAAUGCUUCUUCCGUCCAUCACGUUGAAACUUCUCGCGCUAAUGACCGUGUUUUAGGCAAAACCAAAGUAGAGGAGAAUCCACUUGCAAGAGACUUUCCAAGUCUUUAUGGACCGAGCUUUACUCAAAUCGGUGACCAAACAUAUUAUCCAACGCAGUCAAGCAUCGGUUUUGCUGCAUCACACAUGGAUUCAAUGUAUUCUAGCGAUUUCGGAAACUGUGAUUACGGGCUACAUUUUCAGGAUGGUGCUGCUAUACAAGAUGAAUCUUUGGCAGAUGUCUUGGAUGAGGUAUUCCAUAACCAUAAUGAAUCCUCUAGCGACGGGAAAGACUUUGCGCUUCCGAAUAUGAUGCAUUGGUCUGGAAUGCCUACUGAGUAUCCGUUUCCCAAAGACGCCGUUGGUUUUGCUAACGGAGUGUCUGAAGCUGCUUGCUCACAGCAUUUUGUUCCUGACAGUUUAGCUUCCAGAUGGGUUAGUGAACAAAACGUUGAUAGCAAGGAGGCAGUAGAGAUACAAUCCUCAUCCGGAUCCUCUAGGACUUUGACGCCACUUCAUAGCAACGUUUUAGGGCAGUACGCUUCAGCAUCUUACGCAAAUAUGGAUCCGUUUAACUCUAAUGUCAAUCAGCGAGAGCAGUCAUCUUUUGAGCGAAGCCCUGUUGACGGCAACAUUAGUCAGGCUAGGUCUCGGGAGAAUCAGACGGAUCUAGACUUUGUCGUGAACCAAGGCACAGCUCCUAGAAGAAUCCGGCUUCAAAUCGAACCGCCAAUGAACGACAAGAUAGAGAGAAAUGGAGACAACUAUGAAGAAGAUGAAGUACAAUCUGCCAUGUCCAAGGUCGUAGAGGAGACCGAAAAAUGCUUCCUUGGGGACGAAAGCCUGUUAGAAUCAGCUAAUCUAUGGACUCAGGGAACAGCUCAGAGGAGAAUCCGCUUACAGUCGAGACUGCGAAAGCCUCACAUAACCCUAAGGGACUCGAACUGCAGUGAAGAAGAAGGAAGCCGUAGCAAGGAAAAGGAAGAUGUAUCAUCAUCAACGUGGCAGAAACAAAAGAAGUUAAUGAGGAGCUUGGUGCAGUGUAGGAGUAUGGUGAUGAUAAUGGCGGUGGUAGUUGUUUUAGUAGGAAUGUGGAAAGAGUCAAGAGAUGCCAAAUUUAAAGAGAAGAAAGAAGAAGAAGAUUCGACCAAGAAUAAAGAAAACACUAGAAUGCUGCUUGUGACGGUAGUGGCUGAGAUGUUGAGGGAAUACACGGUGGUGCUCGCCGGAGUUUUGGAGCAUCUCUUCUCUCAGGCGCCUUUUCCGAGGAGAAUCCGACUUCAUAUUUUGUACUCUCUUCCUUUCCAUAAUUCCAACAAUUCCUCUCACCCUCUUCUCCUUCCUUCUCCUCCUCCUUAUUCUCGCCAUUCAUGA